AUGUGGAACUCUCCCAAGGUGGGAAUCCUCGGCGGUGGCCAGUUGGGCCGCAUGCUCGUGGAAUCCGCAAACCGAUUGAACAUCCAGGCCAACGUCUUGGAUGCCGAGAACUCCCCGGCCAAGCAGAUCAGCUUUCACGACGGCCAUGUGACGGGCUCUUUCAAGGAGCGUGAAGCGGUGCGCCAAUUGGCCAAGUCCUGCGACGUUAUAACAGCCGAAAUCGAGCACGUUGAUACCCAUGCCCUCGAGGAGGUUGCCUCCGGGGUGCGCGUCGAGCCCAGCUGGCAGGCAAUUCGCACCAUUCAGAACAAGUUCAACCAGAAGGAACACCUGCGCAAAUAUGGCAUUCCCAUGGCGGACCACCGGGAAUUGGUCAAGAACACACCCGAGGAAUUGACCGAGGUCGGAGAACAAUUGGGCUACCCGAUGAUGCUGAAGUCGAAGACCAUGGCAUACGAUGGACGUGGCAACUUCCGCGUCAACUCUAAAGCAGAUAUCCCCGAGGCUCUCGAGGCUCUCAAGGACCGGCCCUUGUACGCGGAGAAGUGGGCUUAUUUCAAGAUGGAGCUAGCUGUCAUGGUCAUCAAGACCAAGGACGAAGUGCUGUCAUACCCCACCGUGGAGACGGUUCAGGAGGACUCAAUAUGCAAGCUGGUCUAUGCUCCGGCUCGUAAUGUGUCGGAGGCUAUCAACAAGGAGGCCCAGGCUCUUGCCCGCAAGGCCGUUUCUGCCUUCGAGGGCAAGGGUGCCUUUGGUGUGGAGAUGUUCCUCUUGGAGGACAACAGUUUGAUGCUGUGCGAGAUUGCCAGCCGCAUCCACAACUCCGGCCACUAUACUAUCGAGGGCUGCGCUCUGUCACAGUUUGACAGCCACAUCCGUGCCAUCAUGGACCUCCCCAUCCCCGCCAAGAGUCUGGAAAUCCGCCAACCCUCCAUCAUGCUCAACAUUAUUGGCGGUGCGACCCCCGACUCUCACUUGAAGGCUGCCGAGCACGCGCUUUCGAUCCCCAAUGCCAGCAUUCACCUGUAUAGUAAGGGUGCUGCGAAGCCUGGGCGCAAGAUGGGCCACGUGACUGUGACUGCUGCCACCAUGCACGAGGCUGAGACCAUGAUUCAGCCUCUGAUCGAUGUUGUCGAUGACAUGCGCGCUCAGCGCACCGAUAUCAAGACUAAGGCUCAGAAAUCUGGCCCAUCGAAGCCCGCCCCUCAAGUGGCGGUUGUCAUGGGCUCCGACAGUGACCUCAAGACCCUCGUCCCCGGACUGAAAUUGCUGCAAAACUACUUUGGCAUCGAGCCUGCCGUGGAGAUCACUUCCGCCCAUCGCACCCCUGAUUACAUGGCAGAGUACUCGGCCGAGGCUGCCUCUCGGGGAAUUAAGGUAAUCAUUGCUGCCGCUGGUGGGGCCGCUCAUCUCCCCGGUAUGGCCGCUGCUCACACUGCUCUUCCCGUCAUCGGAGUUCCUGUUAAGGGCAGCUCUCUGGAUGGUGUGGACAGUCUCUACAGCAUUGUCCAGAUGCCUCGUGGUGUUCCUGUCGCCACUGUCGGAAUCAACAACAGCAUCAACGCCGCGCUUCUCGCGGCCCGCAUCCUUGGUUCUUUCGACCCGGCCAUCCAGCGCAAGGUAGAGGCCUACGCCGAAGAGGCACGUGCCGAGAACAUGGAGAAGAAGGGCACCAAGCUGCGCGAGCUGGGUUGGGAGAAGUAUUUUGAGCAGAUGUAA